AUGAGAAGUUUAAGCAAGAUCUUAUUUAGGCGUCCUCAACUUUGGCUGUCGCGAGUUGCACCUGCGUUGGGUUAAAAGUCUUUGUUUAAAUACAGUGCAAGUAUGAAUUGUAGCAAUUGUUUAGAUUCAAACCAUUUCUUAAAUAGCAAACUCAAAACCAUUCCCUUGCAGAAUUAUAAGGCAGAAUAGAGUGAAAUAGAUUCCAAAGUAGAGCCCACUGAUUUCUGUCUCUUUAGUUCGAUUCAACCAAUCUUUCCCAAUAAUCCUAUGAAUUGUCAGAUCAAAAUCGGAAAUUUGAAACGAAUCACUAAGCCACUCCUCUACUCCAUUAUUUCCCCUGACAACGGAGAGAUUUUCACUAUCGGCAUAGCUUUGAGUAAAUCAGUCGAAAAGAAUUUAAAUGCCGAAUUAAAACUCUUAGAAUAACGAGAUGCGAAUGGAAACAUUUUAAUAAAUGAUCCUAUGAGCAACACAUUCAACUUAGACAUAAUAUCAAGACAAAAAAAUUAUCGAUUCAAAAUCACUAAGAUAGAAAUGACACCCGACGGAAUAUUUGCACAAGGAAUACCUUAUAAAGAUCGACCCUUAACAUAAGCAGAAUAAAUAAUCGAUAUCCAACACGAAAUUCGCAUGGUGAGUUCACUUGUACAAUAAAUAAGAAAAUUAGCCUAAUAUGAUAGAGUGGAAGUAUUCUCAGAGGUUAAGUAUUCCCUAUUGGAUUCGAGUGAAAAACUCACUCCCAAUUAAGUUGAUGAAUUAGUAUUCUAAAUUGCUGCAGGUCUCUCCAAAUUAUUCACCAACAACCUGAAAAUGAAUACGUCCAAUUUCGUAUAACAAUUGUUGGAGAGUCAAACUUACAUUGACAGACUCUUCAUCCUUAGAAAAUAAUUGGAGAAUAUGUCAGGAGUACUUGAUCUAGUGAAUAAGCAUUUCAAAGAAGCUGACUCCUCUCUAUUGAAGUUGCAUCAAUAAACUCUAGCCAAAUUAGCAACGGAAUACAUUAGAUAAAACUAUUUGAAGGAUGCUUCUCAAUCUUAAUAAUAAGGAGGAACUGCUGGAACCUAAUAAUUUGGUGGUGAUAAGUAAUCAUCAUUAGUAAAAAAGUACUACGAUAAAUUAUCAUUGAUUACUGAUGAAUCCUCAAGAGAAAAAGUUAAACGAGAAAUCGAGAGAUUCAGCCUACUUGACAAACAGAGUUCAGAAUUUCAUAAAAUCAAUUCCUAUUUGGAUGAAGUCUUUAGUAUUCCAUUUCAAAAAUUUACACCUGUUCAAUGGGAUAUCCAAUUUGCUAAGGAUGUCCUUGACAAAGAAAUAGAAGGUUUAGAGAAAGUCAAAGAAAGAAUUAUAGAAAUGAUAUCAGUCAACAAAUUAAAGAAUGCAGGCUCUAAAGCUAAAGGGUUUAUUCUACUACUAAACGGUCCCCCAGGUACUGGAAAAACCUCAAUAGCCAAGAGCAUUGCCAAAUCCUUAAAGAGAACUUCAAGAUUCAUUUCAUGUGCUGGAGUUGCAGAUCCAACUUUCUUCAAAGGACACAAACGUACUUACGUAGACUCAAUGCCUGGUGUGUUUAUCAGAGAAUUAAUCAAAUCCAAUACCAUGAAUCCUGUGUUCAUUCUGGAUGAGUUGGACAAGGUAUCGAAACAUCAUUCAGGUGGUGCUGAUCCUUAUUAUACCUUAUUGGAAAUAUUGAAUCCUGAAGAAAAUCAUAAUUUCACUGAUCAUUACAUGGAUAUCAGUGUAGAUUUUUCACAUGUUAUUUUCAUUCUAACAUCUAAUGACACACUUUAGAUGUUAGAACCACUUAAAAAUAGAUUAGAAACUAUUGAUAUCUCAGCUUAUAUAUAAGAAGAGAAAUUAUUAAUAGCAAACAAUUUCUUAGUUAAUAAAAGCAUUGAAUCAAAUGGUAUCUAAUCCUAAAUGAUCAAAUACGAUGAAUAAGCCUUGACCAAAAUCAUUAAAGCCUGGUGCUACUAAGAAAGUGGAGUCAGAGAAUUGAAAAGAUGCUUAGAAAAGAUUGCUAGAAAACAUGCUACUAAUCUAUUAGCUGACAAUCCUAAUCUCUGUGAUAAAGUUGAUGAAUUAAAUCAAAUAAUUUUUGAUCCUACUAGUUAAAGUUUAGACUUAACUAAAGAUCAAAACCUUAGAAUGUGA